AUGGUUGGCGGCGUCUCCGCAGGGCUGCCCUUCUUAUUCUCGUCUUCGCACACCAAGAUACACCUCAGGCCUAGAAUUCUAGAAUUGCUCGGAGUUGUCUUUGCUUCCAAGAUUGAACCUCGGGAGUCUGCAGACUUUCAGGUCCUCUUUACUCUGGACUCCCCCACCCAAACCAGCACCCAGCCUGCCCUUUCUCUGCUGCUGCUGAAGAUAAGAAAAGAAAUUGAGAGUAAAUUUGGAAGCUUAUGGGAGCUGGACACGGCCAAGACACUCAAGCGCAGGAGUGAUGGCCUUAGUUCACGGAACAGGAUACAGACCGCUUUGGGUAAUGUGGAAGUCUCCGGCCCCGCGGCCUCGGGCUCUGGGCGCGGGCCAGGGGGCGGCGCCGCGCCGGGUCGGAGGCGCUUCCUGGGCACCGCGGGAGCAGAGGAGCGGGCGGCGCGGGACGGCGCCAUGGAGGACGGCGUGCUCAAGGAGGGCUUCCUCGUUAAGAGGGUGAGUGCGCCGGAGCCUCUCCGGACACGGCCCGGGGCGGGUGUGCGGCGGCCCCCGGCUUACCUGAGCCGCGAUCGGGCGGGCUGGGGCCCCCCGGGUGGAGCCGCGUGUGGUGGACGGAGGGCGGUGGCUGGGGGGUGGACUUUAGCUAGAAAAGAGGGGCUGGGGGUCGUCCCCUCGGCCACCUCACCUCAGGGCUCUCCUAUCUGUCCUCAGGGUCACAUUGUCCACAACUGGAAAGCACGGUGGUUCAUUCUUCGGCAGAACACGCUGCUAUACUACAAGUUCCAGGGAGGUCAGAAAGUGACCCCUCCCAAGGGCCGCAUCCUUCUGGAUGGCUGCACCAUCACCUGCCCCUGCCUGGAGUAUGAAAACCGACCGCUCCUCAUUAAGCUGAAAACUCAAACAUCCACGGAGUACUUCCUGGAGGCCUGUUCUCGAGAGGAGAGGGACGCCUGGGCCUUUGAGAUAACAGGAGCCAUCCACGCGGGGCAGCCGGGGAAGGUCCAACAGCUUCACCUACUGAAGAACUCCUUCAAGCUGCCCCCUCACAUCAGCCUGCAUCGCAUCGUGGACAAGAUGCGUGACAGUAGCUGUGGAAUCCGGCCAAGCCCCAACAUGGUGCAGGGAAGCACCUACAAAAAGACCUUCAUAGGCUCCUCCCUGGUGGAUUGGCUCCUCUCCAGCAGCUUUGCAGCCAGCCGUCUGGAGGCUGUGACGCUGGCCUCGGUGCUCAUGGAGGAGAACUUCCUUCGGCCAGUAGGCACCCGAAGCACGGGAGCCAUUCGCUCAGGGGAUCUGUCUGAGCAGUUCCUGGAUGACUCCACGGCCCUGUACACAUUCGCUGAGAGCUGCAAGAAGAAGAUAAGUCCCAAGGAAGAAAUCAGUCUCAGUACCAUGGAGUUAAGUGGCACUGUGGUGAAGCAAGGCUAUCUGGCCAAGCAGGGGCACAAGAGGAAAAACUGGAAGGUGCGGCGCUUUGUUCUGAGGAAGGACCCGGCUUUUCUGCAUUACUACGACCCUUCCAAAGAAGAGAACCGGCCAGUGGGUGGGUUUUCUCUUCGUGGCUCCCUGGUGUCAGCUCUGGAGGAUAAUGGCGUUCCUGCUGGGGUUAAAGGGAAUGUCCAGGGAAAUCUCUUCAAAGUGAUUACUAAGGAUGACGUACACUAUUAUAUCCAGGCCAGCAGCAAGGCUGAGCGUUCAGAGUGGAUUGAAGCUAUCAAGAAGCUAACGUGACAAGGACCUGAAGAAAUGGGACUGAGACUCCUCCCUCUUACCAGAUGACACAGGAUUUCCCGGACAAUGGGAGUAUGUUAAAAUUUUUAACUUUUUAUAUUUCGUAUGGCUUUGGAGUGAGAUUGAGGGAGUUCCUUAAAGUUGGCAGUGGUGCUAUUGCCUUCCCCACCUUCAUUUACAGUUAACCUGUAAAUGCUGAAGCAGCCUUGUCAGCCAAGUCAGCACCUUGACUUUCGCCCAUUAUCACGUCCAGCCCCUCCUUGGGUACCAAAGUAGGUCUCCCUUGUCACACUAACUGGCCAUGUAAUACUCAA